AUGUCGCAAAUGAGCCCUUCGCCAGGCCUCGGAACCAGAAGCAGCGCUCUAACGCCGUCGGUCAGCAGCUUGCAAAGCCCGCACGACGACUUAUAUAUACUGCCGGCAACAACCAGUUCCCCUCAAUCCGGAUCCUCACGCCCGAGCCCUGUGCCCAUGGGCCACACACUUCCUCCUGAGCUCGUUGCGGAUGUCGUCGAGCAUCUUGAUUAUCAAGAUGUUGCAGGGGCAGACAGGCAGACAAUUCGCGCCGCGUGUCGUGCGGCGCGGGCCUUCAAGUACCCUUGUCAGCGGUUGAUGUACCGCACCGUCCUGCUCAACGGCCACAACCUCCCCAGCACCAACCGUCAUUUCGUCGCGUUCCCGCAUCUUGCGCGACAUGUCAAAGAAUUACAUCUGCAGUACAGCGAGGGAGGUGAUUAUGCAGUUCUGGAAGGCCUGCUGCGUCGAUUCAUCAACAUCACCGUUUUCACCGUAAGCGCAAAUGCGCCGAGCACCAUUUGGAGCACCCUACCGGCACCCUUUCGCAGUGGAGUCCAGCAUCUAUGGCGGCGAGGCAGCUUCCAGAGCGUUAAUCUGCACCAUUUCGGUGAUAUAUCGAUGGAACUCAUGGGGGAGGUAUUGGGAACGAGCGGGCAGGUCGGGCUCUUCGAUGUUGCCGUUGCUCAAGGUCAAGAGGGCGACUCUAUUCCCGAAGCGCAAGCGGGACCAACGGACAUCGUUCGAUUCGAGACGAACGCACCAUCACUGACCUCCCCCAUUCUUCGACUUCUUUACCCCCGCACGCACGCGCUGCGGAUUCUGAUCGUCAAUCAGCUCGAAAUUUCGGCUGAGAUCGAGGAAAACCUAAGUCCCCUGCUCGGUGCUGUCCAACUGACACUCGAGCACCUGUCGCUCGCCCUUUCCGGCCGUCGCCAUGCCCCUGCUCGGCGAACGGCUCUGCUUUCCCUCCCUGCCCUUCCGCGUCUCAUCUCUCUCGAUCUUCGUUUCGCAUUCCCCGACCCUCGCGUCUGCAAUGCCCCGGAAUCCCACCCGCCGCCACCGCUUUUACUGCUUCUUCUUCUUACACUCCUUCCCACGGCCCCUGCGCUCCGACAGCUAACGCUGCAUGCGGAGAUCCCCGUUGACUACGAGUACGCGACCCACAUGCCGACCAGCUGCGCAACUCUGGUAGAGCUUGAUACGCUGCUCGCGGCGUACAUUCUGAUGUGCCCGGAAACCCCGUCGACCCAUGAGGUUCACUAUGUUCCGCACUUCGUCCAUGACACCUUGAUGGGAAAUCAAGAGGGUGUAGAUCUAAUAGUGUACAAAGCUGCCUUACAGGAGGCUAUGCCGCGUGCCAUGAAGCUUGGAAUACGCGUGUUGGAGUGCGCGAGCUGCACUGGGCGGAUUGAGGAAUUUUCUGUAUAA